AUGCGGGACGCAGCGGACCGGAGGCUCGUUCGGCUCGGUACCGUGCUGGUCUACCUGCUGUCCGUGUCCCUGUCCGCCGGGCUGCUGGGGGUCUACUACGGCCUCCUCUGGAGACCCGGACCGGACCGGACCUCCUCCGGACCGGACCCUGACCUCCUCCGGACCGACCCUGACCUCCCCCGGACCGGACCGGACCCCACCGGACCGGACCGGACCCCCUCGGACAUGAGCAGGUGUGUGACUGACGGUCCGGGUCGGAGGGAGACCCUCCCGGGGCCCGGCAGACCUCCGGACCGACCGGACCCCACCGAGCCCCCUCUGUGA